ACCGUUAGCUCUCAUCUACUUAGCCUACCUGUGCACCUCGACACUUUAGCAAUUGAGGAAACACGAGUGUGUGAGGUGACUGCGGCUCCACGCACAGGGACAUGCUCUCACUGAAUUAAAACACACGCCUCGCAGAGAAGCGUGGCUCCAGUGCACAGCGCAGCCCCGCAGCCAUGUCGGGCGUUAAAAGGAAGAUAGAAGGCAACGACCCUGACUAUGAGGACGUCUCCCUGGUCCAGAGCAGCAAGAGAAACAAAGCGGCUGAACACGAUGCCCGAGAAGCAGCGGUGCAGAAGAUCGAGACCAUCAUCAGAGAGCAGUUCUCUCUGGAGAUGAAGAGCAAAGAGCACGAGAUAGAUGUGAUCAGUCAGCGACUCAAUGAAGCCAGGAGGAUGAUGGACAAGUUAAGGGCAUGCAUAGUUGCUAAUUACUAUGCCAACGCUGGGAUAACAAAGCUCCCAGAGCAUGCGUCGAAGAGUGACCCUGCAGUCCUGAACCAUCCGGCCAUCCGGCGCUUCCUGGAGUCCCCAUCCCGGUCCUCUUCCCCUCUCAACCAGGGCUCCGAGACGCCUUCUCUGGCCCACUCAGAGUCCGAGUCCCUCUCACAGCAAGGAGAGGGAUCUGAGAGGGACGUGGAGGGAGCGUGGAAAGAGGAAAGCAGCAGGCAGGAGCGCCGACCCGGGCGUAAUACAGGCAAAGACACUUUUGGUGUGCCGUCAACUGUUGGAGCAGAUCAGAGGGUGAUCUACCACACGACCGGAGACGAGGCCUCUAGACUGUAUGCAAAGAAGACAAUUGUAGUGGGGAAUGUGUCCAAGUACAUUCCCCCCGACAAACGCGAGGAGAAUGACCAGUCGACUCAUAAGUGGAUGGUGUACGUCAGAGGCUCCAGGAGGGAACCCAGCAUAGACCACUUUGUAAAGAAAGUCUGGUUCUUCUUGCACCCCAGCUACAAACCGAAUGACCUUGUGGAAGUCAGUGAGCCUCCCUUUCAUUUAACACGUCGCGGUUGGGGUGAGUUUCCUGUGCGGAUCCAGAUCCACUUCAACGACCCCCGCAACAAACGCAUUGACAUCAUCCAUCAGCUAAAGCUGGACAGAACCUAUACUGGGCUGCAGACACUGGGGGCAGAAACUGUGGUGGAUGUGGAGCUCCUCAGGAACUCCCUUGGGCAGGACUACAUCCCUCAGCCUGCUUCAUCCAAGGUGAUGCACAGAGCGGCCAGCCCCACGUCCACCUCCUCCCUGGCCCAAAGUUACGGACGCUCCAGUUCGCCCGUGUCACAUGAUCCCAUCAUAGACAAAGGUUUCAUUAAAACAGAGAUGGGGAGACAUGCUCACAGCUCAGCACUUGCAGCCGGUGAGCGCACCCCGACCCGACCAAAAGCCGGUGACAGGAUCACCCUGGGUUCCCAUAGCAACUCCGCCUUCCAGCCUAUCACGGCAAGCUGUAAGAUUGUCCCACAAGGACAGCCACCCAGUCCUGCUGAGUCUCCUGGGAAAUCGUUCCAACCAAUCACCAUGAGCUGCAAAAUAGUUUCAGGAUCUCCCAUCUCCACCCCAAGCCACUCCCCACUGCCUCGCACACCCACCACCUCCACCCCUGUCCACAGCAAGCAGAACUCUUCGUCGGCUCUCAACAACCCUUAUAUCAUUGUUGACAAGCCAGGCCAGGUUAUCAGCAUGGCUUCCUCCGCAUCCACAGGAAGCCCCUCGGCUAAACAAUCUGCUGCUCAAGGCACUCGCUCUCCAGCCCCUAAAGUUCACACAGGCACCUUCCUCUCCUCAGGGGUGAAGGUUAUUAUCAAGCAAGAGCCAGGGGAAGUUUCAACACAGCAGCAGCAAAUGGUUUCCACAGUAACCAGCCAGCAGCAACCUGCUGCUACAGCAGCUCACCAGUUUGUCGCAGUGAAGGGAGGUCACAUGAUCUCAAUGUCGGCCCAGAAACAGACAGCAGGGGCCACGGGGGCCACAUCUAGCAAGAUGUUAGGUAUUCCUGUUACCUCGACACUCCAGUCCGCAGUCAAACAGGUGGCCAUCAGCAGUGGACAGAUUCUGGUCGCCAAGGGCAACCCCUCUGGCUCCAAGGUGAUGGGAGGGAAGCAGGUUUUGGCUCAGGGUGUCGCUAAGGCCAUCGUAAGUGGAGCCAGUGGCAUCUCUGGUCAGCAGGCUGCUGCCAAGGCGGCUGGAGGUUCAGGUGGCAAGAGCGGAGUAAUGGCUACUCUUCAGCUGCCAGCUAACAACUUGGCCAAUCUGGCCAAUUUGCCUCCAGGCACCAAACUCUACUUGACCACCAACAGUAAGAACCCGUCAGGAAAGGGAAAACUGCUCCUCAUUCCACAGGGAGCUAUCCUCCGAGCCUCCAGUGCCAGUCAGCAGUCGCAGAGCAGCUCGUCUGCAGGCGCUGGGGGCUCUCAGACCUCCUCCUCUUCGAGCAGUCUGCCUUCCAACCUCUCCUACACGUCCUACAUCCUCAAACAGACCCCACAGGGCACAUUUCUGGUCGGUCAACCGGCGCAGGGUUCAGGGAAGCAGGGGGUUUCCAGCACUGCGGGUCACACAGCAUCAUCUCCAGCGACUGUUACCCAGCAGGCCAUCCGGGUAACAGCUGGACAGAAGGCAGCCAUUCUGGCUCAGGUGGUUGGCAGCUCCCAGGGCGCACAGGUGAAGUUGUCAGACGGCUCAGUUAAGACUGUAACAGCAGCGGCAGCAGGUCAUUUGUCCAAGCCGGGGACGACCACAUUGAGGAUGACAGGUGGAGUCAUUACCGCUGCUAGCUCCACCCCCAGCUCUGUCAGCGCUGCAGCAGUGGGCAGCCAACAACAGGCUGCCGAAGGUGGGAAGUCUGCGCCUCAGCACCACUCGCUCCUGGUGGCAGCCAACCAAGCAGCAGUAAUCAGUGCAGCUAAGAGCGCCAGUGCUGCUGCUGCCGCCGCUGCUGCUGCCGCUGGUGGUGGCAGCCUGUCAAAGACAGCCGUGGCCACUUUGGUCAAGGGUGCUGGCAACUCUGCCACGAUGACAAAGAGUGCAGCUGGUUCAACCGGAGCUGUGGUAACAGUUGCCAAAGGCCCUGCUGCGAUGCCGGUCAUCGGCAUGUCCAAGGGUGCAGGAGUGGGGACUGUGGCUGGCGUGCCAAAGAGCAACAGCACGUCAUUGGUCACAGCAGCCUCAUUAGUCAGUGGGAUGGCAGCCGGAGGAGGGAAGACUGGUACAACUCUCUCGGGUAUGCUGAAGAUCCACUCUGGGGGUUCCAGCUCUCAGCAGACGGUUUUAACCAUCCCAGCCAACCAGCUCAAACAGCUGGGGGUUGCCACUGGGUCUGGAGGGAUGCAGACCAUACUCAUGCCUGUUGGGAAAGUUGUGUCUAAAGGCACAGUCUCCACUACUCCCUCCUCCGCUUCUUCCUCCUCCUCUUCCAACAACCCUGGAGCAGCUGGAGCUGGAGCCUCCCCAAGUCCUGCCAUCCAGGCCUGCCCCUCCCUUGCUCUGCCCCUGGCAAAAGUGAAGACAGAGCCAGGUGCAAGCACAGCUGUCACAGUGGGUCCAUCUCUGCCGGUGACUGCCCCUGUCCCUACAUCUGUUCAUGUUGCCUCUGCAGCCACCACCGUCAAGCAGGAACAAGGGGCGGACAACUCUUCACACGACCUCAUCAACACUGAGCACAUGGAGACCAUGAUGCAGCUGCUGACAGCUGUGGUGAAGAAGUUCCCUCUGAUCGUGGCAGAAAAGACUGAAGACUCCCAUCCAUUCUGCGCCUCUUCAACAGAGCAGUAUUACUCCUGGAAUAUCGGCAAACGCAGAGCAUCAGAGCUUCAGCGAGCAGUGGCAGUGAAGCGGGUUGUCCAGGACGUGUUGGACCGCUCGCCGCGCCUGCAGGCCCUCACUCCGCCGAAGACGAGGGAGGUGGUGCAGUGGUGCCGGCAGAGGGGUUACACGCCACCUGACCCCGAGCCCCAACGCAAGAGAGAUGACGAGUCCAUCGAGGACAUCCUCACGCAGAUAGAUAAUGAGCCUGAGUGCCCGUCAACCCUAAGUAGCUGCGACGAGCUGGUGUCGCGGCUGGAGCAGAUGCAAGCCCUGCUGAAGACUGAACCAGAGGAGGCAGACGACGAAAUAGUCGACAUCGUCACCAUGGUUCCACCCUGCCAGAAACUAAAGGUCAAAGAAGAGGAGCAAGAAGCUGACGCAGAGCCCAAGUUCUUCCUUGGCCCCUGCGUGUCCGCCCAGUUUGUCAGUGAUGCAGCUCAGCAGAUCGGGGUGAACUUCCAGCCGAUCGAGGUGGAGAAGAACGUAUUCGCUCCAUUAGUCGAAACCAUGAUUCUGAAGGCGACAGAACAGUUUGCCAGUGACGUCCUGAGAGAAGCUCUGGCUGGGGCCUCCGCCAAAUCCCCUCAGAACAGGGCUCCCAGAGAGAUCACAGCCAUGAACAUCCACCAAGCGGUCAGUAGCAUCCCCACCUGUGACUUCCUCACCAGCACACACAUGGGUUACCUGUCUAAGGACAACUGACUGACACUGACUGGUAACUGACACCGGCAAAGAUGUGAGGACUGCUUAUGACAGAGCGUCUCGUCACGUGGCUCUGACAGCUCCACUGUGGAUAAUCACACCUGGAUGUGGUCCUGUUGCCUCAGGUUGUGCAGUAAUAACUAACGUAGUUUAUUCAUUUACUUGAUCAGAGAAGGGCUCAGCUUGCUUCUCACGGCAGCAGAAUAACCAACGUCUCAAACACUGCGGGUAAACUGUAACGUUCCAGUCCUGAUGUGUGGAGGGAAGCGGCCUUCUGGGAAUCGUGUCAUUUGAUUUUUGAGAGGCUGAUGGGCUCUUGCUUACCUCAAAGCAGGAUUAUUUUUAAUGCUGAGUUGUUUCCUGCCAGUCAUUGGGGAAAUGAAGCCUGAGUGACGUACAGGGCUGAAUAACAGCAUCAGACAGCUGUGCCCGCCUCCAUCCGGCUGUCACGUCCCCUGGACUGGGAACAAGAUUCAUUUUACCAGCAGACGUGACCCACAGAUUUACAGCGAGUUGGAAACACUAAUGAACACCUGAGUGUCGGCUCUCUCUGUCACUGAUAGUACUGUCUGGAGUGUGGCAAAGCAAACGGAGAGAACCUUCCCAAAAGUGCCAUUACCAUGGCAACCAUUCAUCCAUCAUUACGAACAUCUUUCAGUGUUACCUGGCUGAGGUACACACACACACAAGAAAAACACAAACAUGCAGGAAGUGACUGUUCUCUGAGGGAGAAGAAAUUCAUUUUUCACAUUUCUAAAAAAACCUAGUUCUCAUGUCAGGUUAUAUUCUAAUGAACAAAUCAUUAUGAAUUCAACACACCAGUAUUUAUCUUCUGUUUAUCAUGAACCAGCUUUCAUAGACUGUUGACGUGCUUUUAAGUGUUAAACAACCACAAUAUGUCUGUCGUGUAAUGUGCACAGUGUGACCAAUAUGAAAUGGAUUUUGUGUUACAGAUCUUCUUUUAUUUUUGUAUCUAAUAUCAACACCUUCAAUCAGCAAUGCCCUAACUGUGUGUGCGCGAGCGUGAUUGUUCUAGUUAUUACUCAUGUUGUGGGGACCAAAAUCUGUUUACACAGUCACACUAUGGGGAUUUGUCUUUCUGGACGAAAAGAAAAUAUCCAUAACAUCAAUUGUUGAAUUUUAAGCUGAAGACAUGUUUUAAUGUUAGAGUAAGGUUUGGUUCAGGUUAAGCAAGUUCUAGUUAAGGUUAAAGUAGGUCUCCACGAAAUGAGCUGAAGUCAAUGUAAUGUCAUCUGAAGGGGGGGGGGGGGGGUGUAUGUGUGUGUGUGUGUAAAUGACAGUAAUUGAGGCUUGUGUUUGUUUUGUUGGCUGAUAUUCUGGUGAUUCUGUUUAAUGUGGAGCUUUUGCAUUUUGUUAAUGUGUUUGGGCCGAGUGGUUGAGAUGCCUUUUAAACCACAUUAGUGUAGAAGAUAACCCAAACACUGUAUUUUCAUGUUGCAAACCAAAAAACAUAAUCAAUAUUCUUGUAAUAAAAGGAGAGAAACUA